AUGCAAAUCUUCGUCAAGAACGCCGCCGGCCGCUCGGUGGCUGUGCGCGUGUCCGCCGAGGACACCGUCGCCUUCCUCAAGGCUCAGGCCAACGUGACGCAGGGCAACCUCUUCUUCGCGGGCAUGUGCCUCGCCGAGGAGGCGACGCUCGCCGCUUACGGUCUGUCCAAGGAGUCCACCGUCGACGUGGUCAUCCCGGUGGAGGGUGGUAAGGGCAAGAAGAAGAAGAAGCGCAUCUUCACGAAGCCGAAGAAGCCGACGCACCGCCACAAGCUGGAGAAGAUGCGCGCACUCAAGUACUUCAAGGUGACAGAGAACGACGACGGCUCCUACAAGGUGGAGCGUACGCGCCAGGACUGCCCGCACCCUCAGUGCGGCGCCGGCGUGUACAUGGCCCAGCACAAGGACCGUCAGUACUGCGGCAAGUGCCACCUCACCUACAAGGCGGAGAGCAAGUAG